AUGUCGCAGCACCGCGCGCUCAGUGCGCGGCAAGAGUCACGGCUCGUCGUAUACCUUGACAAUGCCAUGCUGCAGAUCCAGCGGGGGUACCAGAAACGCAACGAAGCAUCUGCACAGCUCCCAACGCUCGCCGCAUUUUUGCAGCAGUGGGUACCGCUUGUGGAAAUCAUCAGCACCACGCCCCUCUUGGGCGCCACCGCGGCGCUGCGUGAUACCUACCUCUUGCGUCUCACCACCGAGCUGACCGAGGGCGUCGUGGGGUACUCGACCAAGAGCGACUCGGAGCACACGGCCAAGGCGCAGCUGCUCCACGUCUUGUACUGGGCCGAUCUCCUCGACCAGCUCUGGGCCGCACGGCUCCAGCGCGUGCCGCAACGGCUCAGCGAUGCACAAAAGAGUGCCAAGACACGCUUCCCGACGCUCGACAUGGAGUCCGAGUCGAUGCGCAUCGACGCAGAGUCUGUGCGGCCGCCACCCAUCGUGCACGGUGCGGUCGACGAGCAGAUUCCACCGUACGCACAGACCGACCGCGUGCGCUUGCGCGAUGUGCUGUCGCAGGCCGAGCAGCAGCUCUUUGGGUGGAUGCGCAACGAGCUCGGCGUGCCGCAGCCGCCCGAGCAGGAAGAGUGGGGAGGCGAGCUGAACGAGCCGGGCGAGGCGCCCGAGUGGGGGGAAGACGGCGCGGAGAGCGUACCGGAAGAGUCAGACGAGAUAAAAGAAGACACCGCCGAGAAUACCGAGGGCGAGGACACGCCGGAAGCCGCUACCGCCGCCGAUCGCGAGCACGAGCACUAUGCGGAUGUGUUUAGCAAAAAGCUUGACCCCGACGAGGAGGAGGACGAAGAGAACGAGGACGAUCCACCCCGCAAGCGCGCGCGGCACGCUGAGCCCCCGAGCGUCUCGCAAGAGGACCUGGCGUACUGGGACAUGCAGUUUGCACGCUCCUUUGGCCGCUCGCUGCAGGAUUUGCGCAUCGAAAGUAGCUAA